AUGAAACCCCCCCUGCUGGCGUGCUUCCUUUUCCUGCUAGCGAGCGCCAGAACGGCGCGGGGCCUGCGGACGCACAACGUCGGCGACCGGGUUGACGGCGGCGGGGGAGUCAUCGACAGAGGGGGCGCGGCCACGGAUAGGAACGGCGGCAGUAGAGGCGACGCCGAUGGGGGCGGUGACGACGGAAGGGGUGCCCGCGAUGGAAGCGGUGACGAUGGAAACGGUGACGACGGAAGAGGUGCCCACGAAAGAGGCAAUGCUGACGGAGGGGAUGACCGCGGUAUAGGCAACGCUGACGGAGGAGAUAGCCGCGGUAUAGGCAACGCUGACGGAGGAGGCCCCGCAGGUGAAGCCAACCAGAGCAACCGCGCGAACCUGUGCUCCUGCGACUUCACAGAAAGAUUAAACUUCAUUCCGCAAGAAAAAACCAAAGUGGUGUGCAACCUGAACCCUCACCACGGAGAAGAGGUGAAAAUUUGGGUUAACAAAGAAUACGAAGUGAGUUGCUUCGAAAACUCUCGAGUCUACUGCCCACUGAAGGAUUACAUAAUGAAUAACACAAACAUUGUAACCUUUUCCCCCAAACUGAAAUAUAGCAUAAAUGAUGUGGUGCACCGAGAUAGGGAGGUGAAGGAGUACCACCUACAGAUUGACAGAGAGGCAAGUGACAUUUUGUUUUUCUGUACAAUCAAACCGAAGCAGGUGUCUGAAUUGCUAGAGGGAGAAGUGAAGAUCAAUUUGAAGAGAGAAGUUGGUGAGCAGUAUUCAGUGGCAAGUGAAGAUGGGACCCACGUUUGUGAUUUUUCCAAAGGCAAUUUAAACAUUUCACCAUCAGCAGGGUUUAAUUAUAAACAUGACAGAUCGGUUAGCUGCAUCUACCUGGUAAUUCCAAACAAAUUAUUUUUAAUUAAACUCCCCAAAUUAAAUAUCGUAACGGAGCAGUUCCUACCCAACUUGGUUAGCUGCCUGUCUGAAUACUCUUUUAUUAAUUUUAAUUUGAAACAUGUGGAAGAAUCUGAUGACUCCAUUUCUUUGCACCUAUCCUUUGGCGAUUUUAAAAAGAACUUUAAUGUGUCCUGCGCAUUUGACUUAUCCGAAUAUGCCGUUGAGCCCUGUUCGCUCGGGAAGAAGGGAAUCGUGACGUUUUACUUUAACGCGUAG